GACACGGGAAGUAGGAAGUAGCAAUAACUUUGCAGCUGGCUAGCGAUCUUUACAGUGGAUGUGUCAAAAUAAUUUUUGAUUGACCAAAAAAUUACGUCUCGUCAGCUAGCCUGAGUCAUUGGAUCAGCCAUGGGAAAGGGUGGUGGAACAUUUGAGAGGCUUCUUGAUAAAGCCACCAGUCAGCUGCUGCUGGAGACAGACUGGGAGUCCAUCCUGCAGAUCUGUGAUCUCAUCCGUCAAGGAGACACACAGGCGAAGUAUGCCAUCGGAGCCAUUAAGAAGAAGCUGAUGGAUAAGAACCCACAUGUGGCCCUCUAUGGUCUUGAGGUGUUGGAGUCAGUAGUGAAGAACUGUGGGCAGACGGUCCAUGAUGAGGUGGCCUGUAAAACCACCAUGGAGGAGCUGAAGGAUCUACUGAAGACGGAGCCCAACGUGAGGAAUAAGAUCCUUUACCUGAUCCAGGCCUGGGCCCACGCCUUCCGCAACGAGCCCAAAUACAAGGUGGUUCAGGACACGUACCAGAUCAUGAAGGUGGAGGGUCACGUGUUUCCAGAGUUCAAGGAGAGUGAUGCCAUGUUUGCUGCAGAGAGAGCUCCAGAUUGGGUGGAUGCGGAGGAGUGUCAUCGCUGCCGCGUUCAGUUUGGAGUGAUGACUAGAAAGCACCACUGCAGAGCCUGUGGUCAGAUCUUCUGUGGGAAGUGUUCCUCCAAGUACUCCACCAUCCCCAAGUUUGGCAUCGAGAAGGAAGUGCGUGUGUGUGAGCCCUGCCACGAGCUGCUCAACAACCACCCUUCCCUCUCUCCCCCGCCUAGGAAAGCUGAAGGGGGUAAACCCGUCGGGACAUCCACCUCCGUGGCCCCAGGCCCGGCAGAACUGCCGCCAGAGUACCUGACCAGCCCCCUGUCCCAGCAGUCUCAGGUAGUGGUCCAGGAAACAGUGCCCCCCAAACGGGACGAGGCGGCCCUGCAGGAGGAGGAGGAGCUUCAGCUGGCCAUCGCCCUAUCACAAAGCGAGGCUGAGGAGAAGGAGAGGAUGAGACAGAAGAACUCGUACGGGGUCUACCCCAAAGCUGACCCCGCCCCAGUCACCUCCUCAGCCCCCCCCGUCAACUCACUCUACUCCUCUCCUGUGAACUCCUCUGCUCCCUCAGCUGAAGAUGUGGACCCUGAGCUGGCUCGCUACCUGAACAGAACGUAUUGGGAGAAGAAACAGGAAGAGGCACGCAAGAGUCCCACCCCCUCUGCCCCUGCCCCCGUACCAUUGGCUACUGAGCCCCUGCCAAUCAGCCAGCCCCAGCCAGUGGAAACUGUCGCACCACUCCCAGCUCAAGUCGUCAUGGCCACGCCUCCAGUCAACGUAGUGGAGCAGCAGUAUCAGAAUGGUGAGUCGGAGGAGAACCACGAUGCGUUCCUGAAGGCUCUGCAGAAUGCGGUCACCACCUUCCUGAACCGUAUGAAGAGUAACCACAUGCGUGGUCGCAGCAUCACCAACGACAGCGCCGUGCUCUCCCUCUUCCAGUCCAUCAACACCAUGCACCCCCAGCUACUGGACAUCCUCAAUCAGCUGGACGAGAAGAGACUGUACUACGAGGGUCUGCAGGACAAGCUGGCCCAGGUGCGUGAUGCGAGGGCCGCCCUGAACGCCCUACGAGACGAGCACAGAGAGAAGCUGCGUCGUGCUGCCGAGGAGGCAGAGAGACAGAGACAGAUCCAGCUGGCCCAGAAACUAGAGAUCAUGAGACAGAAGAAACAGGAGUACCUUGAGAUGCAGCGUCAGCUGGCCAUCCAGCGGCUCCAGGAGCAGGAGAAGGAGAGACAGAUGAGGCUGGAGCAACAGAAACACACCAUCCAGAUGAGAGCCCAGAUGCCUGCCUUCCCCAUGCCCUACCCACAGAUGCAGUCUUUGCCCCCCAACGUGGCAGGAGGGGUGGUGUACGGGCAGCCGGGGGGACCCCCCAGUUACCCAGGCACCUUUAGCCCCUCAGGGUCAGUGGAGGGGUCGCCCAUGCACAACGUCUACAUGAACCAGCCUGGACCAGGACAGUACCAGGCCAUGCCUCCGGACCCCAACAUGUACAUGUACCAGCCUGCAGGAACCAAUGGGCAGCCUGCACUCCCUGGCCAGGCCCCGCCCACCACUAGCCCCGCCUACUCUAACUACCAGCCCACACCCACACAGGGAUACCAGCAGAAUGUGGUGUCCCAGGCCCAGUCUCUGCCCCCCAUGUCCCAGCCUCCCCCCACUAACGGUAUGUCCUAUGUGGCCUACCCUCCACCUUACGCCAUGCAGAAUAUGAUGGCAGCCCUUCCUGGGCAGGACCCCAACAUGCCCCCACAACAACCCUACAUGCAGGGCCCAGGACAACAGCCCAUGUACCAACAGAUGGCUCCCCCUGGUGGCCCCCAGCAGCAGGUUCAGCAGCAGCAGCCUCCGCAGGUCCAUCCAGGCAGCGAGGCACAGCUCAUCUCCUUCGACUGAUCUAUCCACCUGGCUAGCUCAGCUUAACGUUACCACCUGCUGCUGGCAGGGUUCAACACUACACCCUCUCUCCUCUUCUGUCCUCACCUCUCUUCUCCUCUUCUGUCCUCACCUCUGUCCUCACCUCUCUCCUCCUCUGUGUUCUCCUCUCUCUCUGCUGGGCUCGUGGCCUGGAUUCCCCAACAAACACAUGUUUCUUACAAUGUUUCUGUUUUGUUACGGCAAUGUUGUGAAAUAACGGACAUGUUACCCCUCCUCCUAGGCAUCCUCUCUCCCCCACCUGACAUGGAGGAUGAGAGGAGUGAGGAGGGGGUUAGGUAGGGUUACUAUGCACCAUGCAUACCCCUCCUCCUAGGCAUCCUCUCUCCCCCACCUGACAUGGAGGAUGAGAGGAGUGAGGAGGGGGUUAGGUAGGGUUACUAUGCACCAUGCAUACCCCGGGGUUGUAUUCACUAGGAACCUAGACGGGGAGUGACUACCAGAACUUAUAAGAAACACUUUCCCUUUUAAUGUGUUUUGCUACAGUGUUCCCUCCUCUCUCUCUCUCUCUCUCUCUCUGAUAAUGUAUGUAGUCUUUCUCUUCUGAAAGUAAUAUCUGAAGCUCAUCUAGUCAGUGGUAUAAUAAAGGAACAAAUCAAAUAUGAUAGGAAUCAAUGGAAUCUAAGACAAGACCAUCCUUCCUCAUAUAAGCUAGUUUGCAUGUUAAAGUCCUUAUUUUCAUGGACAUGGCAGAUGUGUUACAGCAGUAACUGUUCUGGAGUCAUAUUGUGGUGAUUGGCCAUGUUUCAUACUGCCAUGUUUCAUACUGCCUGCUUGGUUGACCGAGGCUGUGGGAGUUAAUGGAGAUGGGGAAGAAAGAUGUAGGACAGAGCACAGAAAGCACCUCGAACAGGUUCUAGUGAGAGUGUCCGAGAAGGGAGGGAGGGAUGGAUGAAUGGAGGGAGGAAUGGAUGAAUGGAGGGAGGAAUGGAUGAAUGGAGG